GACUCGAUAAAGUCUUAUUUCGUAAAAAUGCUGCUUUAUUUCGAUUAAUUAAAACACGAUAUCGAUGUUUAACACAGCGGCAGCAACAACAACGGGACAGUGUGCUGUUAAGCUGUCGAAUUCAAGCACCCUCCAUUUUAGAACGUCGACGGUUUUAAAAAAAAACCGGAAACCUGUAUGGUCAACCUGGCGGUCACAUGCCAUGGCUUUAUGACGACACGAAAAGCACGUGAGCUUCGAACUAAAGUUAAGCGACUUUCUUGAGUAACGGUCAGUGUAGAGAAUCGCUAGAAGGUGGUGGUUCUGACUGAAAUACUUGCAGUAUUUACACAGUAAUCAGAUACAAACUACAUUUAGACUUAUACAGUGUGUGUCUUACGUUUAUAACAUAAUCAGACAGAAUGUCCACCACAUCUGAGUUUUUUAGCGACUUAAGUGAAGUUAAGAGAGAAGGAGUGGAUAGGCUGGAGAUGAUCAGUCUUACCUCAGACAUAAUGUCUGACUCUGUCAGCAUUGAAGAGGCAACUGACAAAAUGCCUGUCGAGAUAACAGGAGAUUCAGGGAGCGUUAGCUCAGAAAAUCAAGGUGGCACGAAGGCUUCUCCUACAGACAGUGUGGAGAACAGCCCAACAGGUGAGCUGCUUAUUGUAGGUGCAUGUAUUACAGAGAGAAAUGAUCUUUGUCAUGUUCUUGGCCUCGUUUUAAAAAAGAACUCUCAGCAUUAUGAAAUACAGAGAUUCUUACGUUACUAUACAUUUUUCUGUAUUUUAGAAAAACCCGCAAAAGGGAAGAAGAUGAAGAAAGUCUGUGCUGUCUUUCGGAGAGUAUGGAAGGCUGUGAAGUGCCCAUUCCGUUGCCGUGAUCCAAACAAGGUGGCGCCUUUUACACCGCGGUCAGACCAAGAUGAUUCAGAGCUAAUGCCUGCCCUAAGUCCCGUCAGAAUCACGCCAGCGGCUGACACGGAUUCUGCCGACCCUGAGCUGGUGUGUCUGCCGGGCCAGGUCUGUGAAGAUGUUGAGCCGUUAGAAAAACCUAAAAAACGGAAGAAGAGGAAGGCAGUCCGUGUGUUCUUCAGCAGAUUCCGUAAGGCUGUAAAGCGCCUCUGCCUUCGCCGUGAUUCGAAAAGAACCCAUUCUACACCCCAGGUGGAUCUAGACUAUUCUGAGAAGAGGUUACCAGAUUGCGCCGUUUCUUUUGAGCCUAAACCAGAGUAUCAGACCAGGUCUGACCAGGAUCUUAUUCAAUCUGAUCAGACAAUGAAACUCAUGCAUGUCCACGUUCUUUUUCCUAUCUGUUUUUCAGGCUCUAGAGUGUCUUUCUUUUUAGUGGGAGAGCUUCUAGGAUGUGGAAGUUUUGGCAUGGUGUAUGAGGGAACCCACCUAUUUAGUGACAAAAUCAAGGUUGCCAUGAAGCACAUCGAAAAGCACAAAGAUGACCGUUAUCUUGACGUUGCCGGUCGCUCCAAACCUCUGCUUGCAGAAGUGGCAAUGUUACUUAGGCUGGGAAAGUCUCCAUUAUGCCCCAACGUCAUCAAAUUGCAUGAAUGGGUUGAGUAUAAGAGGAGCUUCGUGCUCAUCUUCGAGUCGCAACCAUGCCAUACCUUGCAUCAACACAUCAAGAAUUCAUCCGACAUUAAUGAAGAAAAAGCACGCUGGAUAAUCCGUCAGUUAAUCCAAGCUGUUCAACACUGCUAUGACCGUGGAGUCUUCCAUGGCGACAUCCACAGUGGAAACAUCCUGGUGACUGAAACCAGUUUAAAGCUCAAACUAAUUGACUUUGGUUGUGCUUAUCCAAUCAGCAGUGAGGGCAAUCUGAGCAGUGAAUAUCGAGGAGCAGCACUCUGCACCCCACCUGAGGUCAUGCAGCAUGCCACGUUCCACGCUAACCCAGCAUAUGUCUGGGCAGUAGGUCUUGUGCUCUUUGAAAUCCUGCACGGAUAUUUACCCUUCGAGACCCGCGCCAAAAUAUUGCAUGGCUGCGUCCAAAUUAAACCGACUUUAUCCUUAGGAAAAACCUGCAGAAGGGAGGAAGAGGAACGAAGUCUGUGUUCUCUUUUGGAGAGUAUGGAAGGCUGUAAAGAUGUGACCUGA